GCCCCCGCCUGCGGGAGUCGCGGCGCUGCGGAUUGGAGCAGUCUUGUUGGGGACCCCAGGUUCGGUUGGGAAUCCAGAGGCCGGAGCAGAGUCUAAGCCCGGCGGGCGAGCAGGUGAACGGGAGGGUGAGUGACUAACGAAGAGUUCACGGCGGCGCGCGGCGCCGUGGAGGGUGUUGGCGGCGCGCUCCCAGGCCGCCCAGUUCUUGGGCUCUUGGAAGGAUAAUCGGCGCUCGUAGCCAAAGACCUAGGGCAGACAGGCGCUGCCCAGGCGCUGCGGGUCGGGGCCUGAGGCUUGGGCGCUGCCUGGGCCGAGCGGACCCUGACGCGCGUGAAGCAGCCCAGGGAGCAUGAGUGGGCAGCGCGUGGACGUCAAGGUGGUAAUGCUGGGUAAGGAGAACGUGGGCAAGACAAGCCUGGUGGAACGAUACGUGCACGACCGCUUCCUGGUGGGGCCCUACCAAAAUACCAUUGGGGCUGCCUUCGUGGCUAAAGUGAUGACCGUAGGAGACCGGACAGUGACUUUGGGUAUUUGGGACACUGCAGGCUCUGAGCGCUAUGAAGCCAUGAGCAGAAUCUACUACAGGGGUGCCAAGGCUGCCAUCGUCUGCUAUGACCUCACAGACAGUAGUAGCUUUGAAAGAGCAAAGUUCUGGGUAAAGGAGCUGCAAAGCCUAGAAGAGGGCUGUCAAAUCUACCUGUGUGGCACAAAGAGUGACCUGCUGGAGGAGGACCGGCGGCGCCGACGUGUAGACUUCCAUGAUGUUCAGGAUUAUGCCGACAAUAUCAAAGCUCGGCUCUUUGAAACAUCUAGCAAGACAGGCCAGAGUGUGGACGAGCUCUUCCAGAAAGUGGCAGAUGAUUAUGUCAGUGUGGCUGCCUUCCAGGUGAUGACAGAGGACAAGGGCGUGGACCUGGGCCAGAAGGCAAACCCCUACUUCUACAGCUGUUGUCAUCACUGAGGCACCACUCAUCUGACGUUGGGGAAUUAAAGGAAUUCCCUAGAAGGGUUGGGCCCAACUCUUGUCUGGGAUUGGGUGUUCAAAUGUCUGAGCUACCCCAGGUCCCCAGAGGUGCCACUGCCUGUGCUGGCCCAUGGAAUGGAGGCAGCAUUGGGUUGACUCUGGUCUGGGCAUUAGGAGGGUUAAGGGCUGAUUUCAAUCUCAGGAUUCUGUCCUGGACAGCACUUUGUCUACAGGUUCUUUAAGUGGCUUCUGAUCUGUAAAUAAAAACAGUGCACUAUGAAUUAC